AUGGAUAAUUCCGAUUUGGAAUCGCAACUGUUUAGCGCUGUGGCUGCCAACGCCGCCAAAACCGAUGAGAGCUCGGGAAACCACAACAAACUAGACGAAAAGGUGAUUGACCUACUCGGCAAGGGCGAUGUAGUCGGUUUUUCGAAGAUCGUUUCGUGCAUACCGGAGACUAAGGUCAAGCUACCACCUCACCUGCUCUAUGAUAUGCUAAUCUGGAAGAGUUGGUUGAUCAACGGUCAACACCUUUGUUUUUACGGCGCUGGAUCAAAGCGACAGCUAAUAAAAGUCUUCGUCGAGUUUGCAUUGCGCGACGGAACAUGCCUGACGGUGGAUGCCUAUCGGGUCAAGGGUAGUACGGGUGAGGAUUUUUGGCAGCUGUUGAAACGCGAAUUGUUAUCUAAGAAGACUACAAUGACCGUUCCAGAGUGCAAAAGGGUAUUUAAACGUGUCCUGACUCAUGACGUUUUUGAACAGGCUGUGUUGAAGCGUAUUGCCACCGUGCGGAAGCCGUUUUACAUAAUCGUAUACAAUUUGGACAAUUUGGCGACCAUAGGCGCUUCGAAAUUAAUACGUACGCUAAUCCGUUUAUCAAAUGUGCGCGUAGUUGGUACCAUGGAUAACCUCCGCUCGAGCAUGGUGGUGUCAUCAUUUGAUCAAAUUUUGAACAAAUACAAGUUGAUACGUUUAAAUACAGGAAUGGACUAUCGGAGCGAACUGGCUGCCCUUUGGGACCGCUCACCGCCGCGAAUUAUUGCGCGUGAUGAAACCCAGAAAAGCGCCACUGAGAUGCAGGCUAUCAUUGGGGCUCUGAGUGUGAACCACCGGCAACUAUUUUCGUUGAUUGCCCAGAUGCAACUUGACGGAUUGAAAAGUCGCACCCGUUUUGAUGGAGUUGAGAAGUACGGGCUGCUGCGAGAGCCUCGGGCUAUAACAAUUUGCAAUAGCGAGAGCAAGUUGGAUGCACUUUUGACUGAGUUUAUUACGCAUAACCUAAUAGAGCAAUCUCGAGGUCGGGGUGGAAGGCUCUACCUGACGAUCCCCUUUUCAAUGUGGGUUGUGCUGCCGUUUUCCUCAUGA